GUGCGGCCACGCGCCCUAUGCAAGUGUGAGAAAUGCCUGCCGGACCUCGUCGACGCGAGGAAUGCCAGAACGUCGCUGCCGACGUAGUUACCAGAAAUCAAGUACGGAUGAAGGAGAAGAAGUUGAUGGUCUGCUGAUGGUCCAGUGAUUGACAUGAUACGAAAGGAAAACUAUGUAACGAUCGAGGACACGGUCUCGUUGGCACGACUAGGGUGCCACGAGGAAGAGGUUGGCCCUAGAAGAGAGGAUAGUUUUGUAGGAUAGACGAUGAACUUCGAGGAGGUGGACACAUUGGAACUCGAAGUCUUCGAGGUAAGAGGCGAGGUCGAUGGAGGAGAGCAAUCUAAUACAACAUCGAAACCAGAAGGCAAUCUGGAGGAAUUGGAAAACGGAGGCGGCACUCGUAAGAAGAAACGGAAACGACGAAAGUUCAGGAAAAAGCAUCUGGCCCAGCCAGUAACGGGCCACGUAGUCUUGAAUUUACCUUCUUCUUCGACGGAAAUUGAAUCUGCAGGAGAGUGUUCCAAGAGAGAUUCCUCGAGCAGCCUCGGUGGUGGAAGUAGUAGACACAUUACCCUCCGAGAGUCAUUGCUGACGGUUUUAGGGAAACUAGUUGUAUGGAAGGGAACCAGGUACCGACCGACACCAACGCCUUCUUCAUCUGCACCUUCAAGCUCACCUCCAGCCACCGAGUGUAUUGGUCGCACCACCUCUUUUUUUUCCAGUGAGACAGAAAGGAGAAUUCGAGCAAAUAACCGCGAGUACAACUCACAAUUUAACUAUGCGAAUAAUUAUAUCAAGACGUCCAAGUAUUCGGUUUUGACGUUCCUGCCAUUGAAUUUGUUUGAGCAAUUUCAAAGGCUCGCCAAUUUUUACUUCCUAUGUCUGCUGGUACUUCAGAUGAUCCCCGCCAUAUCCUCUCUGACACCAAUCACGACAGCCAUCCCUCUAAUUGGGGUACUCACGCUCACUGCCGUCAAAGAUGCCUACGACGAUUUUCAACGACAUAGCAGCGAUUCUCAAGUUAACAAUAGAAAAUCGAGAACUUUACGGGGCACAAACUUACGUGAGGAAAAAUGGUCUCAGGUCCAAGUGGGAGAUGUAAUUCGGAUGGAAAAUGAUCAGUUUGUAGCAGCUGAUGUUCUCCUGCUGUCAACAAGUGAACCAAAUGGUCUCUGUUACAUCGAGACAGCAGAGUUGGACGGGGAGACAAAUCUGAAGUGCCGACAGUGCUUACCUGAAACAUCAGAAAUGAUGGACAACCACGAAUUAAUUGGUCAGUUCGAUGGGGAGAUCAUUUGUGAAACACCCAACAAUUUGUUGAACAAAUUCGAUGGCACUCUGAUAUGGAGAGGAACAAAGUACGCUUUGGAUAAUGACAAAGUGAUUUUGCGGGGCUGCGUGCUCAGAAACACCCAAUGGUGCUAUGGUAUGGUGAUCUUUGCAGGCAAGGAUACCAAACUGAUGCAAAACUCAGGGAAGACCAAGUUUAAGAGAACCUCCAUAGAUAGACUGUUGAAUCUGCUCAUCAUUGGAAUAGUUUUCUUUUUACUUUCCUUGUGUUUAUUCUGUAUGAUUGGCUGUGGUAUUUGGGAGAGUUUAGUCGGCUAUGACUUCCAAGCGUAUUUGCCGUGGGAUUCUCUUGUGCCCAGUGAACAAUUAGUAGGCGCUACAGUGAUUGCUUUUCUCGUAUUUUUUUCAUAUGCUAUCGUUUUGAAUACGGUCGUGCCGAUAAGUUUGUACGUAAGUGUCGAGGUAAUCAGAUUCGUGCAAUCGUUUCUCAUCAAUUGGGACGAAGAGAUGUACUUCGAGCCCACGAAUACUCACGCGAAAGCAAGGACUACUACACUAAACGAGGAAUUGGGCCAAAUCGAGUACAUCUUCUCCGAUAAGACGGGGACACUUACACAGAAUAUUAUGACAUUUAAUAAAUGCUCGAUAACCGGAAAAUGUUAUGGGGACCUCGUGGAUGCCGUUACAGGAGAAAUUGUCGAUCUCACUGAGACGGGCAAAGCUGUACAGAUGCCAAUUAUCAAGUGGACGAAUGGACAGGAAUUUGUCCGUCAAGUGUACACUCCCAUUAGUGGCGCAGACACAUACCUCCUGGACCAAGCCGACAGAAUUUCCAGUACAACACCCGAACCGGUCAUCAAUGGCGCUCCCAAAAUUACUCCCAAAGUUUCAACUGUUCCUUCGAUUGAUUUUUCGUUCAACACAGACUACGAGCCAGAAUUCAAAUUUUACGAUAAAAAACUUCUCCAGGCAGUUAAACAAGGAGACCCGGAUGUUCAUAGUUUCUUUCGGUUGUUAGCUUUGUGUCACACAGUCAUGCCGGAAGAAAAAAGCGGCAAACUUGAAUAUCAAGCUCAGUCACCAGAUGAAGCGGCACUCGUCUCAGCGGCUAGAAAUUUCGGCUUUGUUUUUAAAGAGAGGUCCCCAAACAGUAUAACGAUCGAUGUAAUGGGACAGAGAGAAGUCUACGAACUUCUCUGCAUCUUAGAUUUCAAUAACGUUCGGAAAAGGAUGUCUGUGGUUCUGCGAAAAGAUGGUGCCAUCAGGUUAUAUUGUAAGGGGGCGGACAACGUCAUCUACGAGCGAUUAAAACCCGGCAGUGAAGAAAUCAUGACCAAGACACAAGAACAUCUUAAUAAAUUCGCAGGGGAGGGUCUGAGAACUUUGUGCCUUUCCGUGAGGGAUAUCGACGAAAGUUUUUUCAACGAUUGGAAACAGAGGCAUCACGAUGCGGCACUUAGUCAUGAGAACAGAGAUGAUAAGUUGGAUGCGAUUUAUGAAGAAAUUGAAAAAGACAUGACUUUGCUGGGCACUACGGCCAUUGAAGAUAAACUUCAGGACGGGGUGCCACAAACUAUUGCUAAUCUGGCUUUAGCAGGAAUCAAAAUCUGGGUGUUGACUGGUGACAAGCAAGAAACGGCCAUCAACAUCGGCUACUCGUGUCAGUUGUUGACAGACGAUCUGACUGACGUCUUCAUCGUAGAUGCCACGACUUACGACGGAGUCGAAUCCCAGUUGACACGGUAUAUAGAAACAAUAAAAGCGGCCUCCAACCAUGAGAAAAGGCCAACUCUCUCCAUCGUCACAUUCAGGUGGGACAAGGAAAGCAGUGAAACAGACUAUAAUCCUGCUAGAGACGAGACAGAUGACCACGAAAUGGAACAAGCCGCAUGUUUCGCAAUAGUGAUUAAUGGUCACUCGCUGGUUCACGCGCUCCAUCCUCAACUCGAAAAACUCUUUUUAGACGUUUCCAGUCAAUGCAAAUCAGUCAUCUGUUGUCGAGUGACACCCCUUCAGAAAGCGAUGGUCGUCGAAUUAAUUAAAAAGAGCAAAGAAGCUGUCACUCUGGCAGUAGGUGAUGGAGCGAACGAUGUGUCCAUGAUAAAAACAGCACAUAUUGGUGUUGGUAUUAGCGGUCAAGAAGGACUGCAAGCAGUAUUGGCCUCAGAUUAUUCGAUAGGACAAUUUAGAUUCCUGGAAAGACUUUUACUCGUCCAUGGCCGGUGGUCAUAUUACAGAAUGAGCAAGUUUCUUAGGUACUUUUUUUACAAGAACUUUGCGUUCACAUUAUGCCACAUUUGGUUCGCCUUUUUCUGCGGAUUUAGCGCACAGACUGUUUUCGAUCCGAUGUAUAUUUCCGUCUACAAUUUAUUUUACACAUCUCUGCCAGUCUUAGCCGUUGGUAUAUUUGACCAGGAUGUCAACGACAAAAACAGUUUACUUUACCCAAAGUUGUAUACGCCGGGACACCAGAAUUUACUUUUUAAUAAAAAAGAGUUUUGUUGGAGUGCUCUUCACGGGUUUUAUGCCAGCUGUGUACUCUUUUUGGUGCCUUAUGGUACAUACAAAGACGGAGUGUCGCCGAAAGGCUACGUGCUUUCGGAUCACAUGCUGCUGGGCAGUGUUGUGGCCACUAUAUUAGUUAUAGUCGUGACAAUUCAAAUAGCCCUUGAUACAUCAUAUUGGACGAUUGUAAAUCACUUCAUGGUGUGGGGUUCUCUCGUUUGGUAUUUUAUAAUGGAUUAUUUUUACAAUUACGUCAUAGGGGGCAGUUAUGCUGGCAGCCUAACGAUGGCAAUGUCAGAAGCAACAUUUUGGUUUACGACAGUAAUAUCAUGCAUUAUUCUCGUCAUACCGGUUCUUUCAUGGAGAUUCUUCUUCAUCGAUGUGAGACCUACUUUGUCCGAUAGGGUAAGACUAAAGCAGAGAAUGGCACAAUUGCGCUCGAGACAAAGCCAAGAUAUUCUGCGAACACCAUCGACGAGAAGAACGCGACGGUCCAUUCGAUCGGGCUACGCGUUUGCUCAUCAAGAAGGAUUUGGUAGACUCAUUACUUCCGGAAAGAUCAUGCGCAAAUUGCCUAACGGCUCGGACUUCAAAUUUGCUAUGCCAUUCACGAAUAACGUCACAAAACAGGUUAACAUUUCCACCACUUCUCCGAAAGAGAGUGCAUCCAAAAAUUCAUAUUCCCUGGACACUGUCAAUCUGUAAGCUUUUUGAAUUUGCAUAACGAAAAAGAACAUAGUCUGGUGUUUGAAACAAAAUAUUAAACUAUGUGCACAAUUUAAAUUUCGUAUUAAAAUCAAUAGUGUCUAUGAGUUAUGUCUUUAUGAAUCAACAUAUAACCUUUCUAAUUGCUAAAUAUUUAGACUUGAUUUUUGACAAGUUAAUCAAAAUAUAUGUUCUCUGAAGCACAAUUUUUCCGAAGAGAAAAUACGAAAAUUAAGGAUUAAUAUUUUGUAAGCCAGUAUUAUUAUCCAUUCAAUUUUAAUUUAUGUAGCGAGUAAAGGUAGCAAGAAAGCAAAUAUAAAUAUAUAACCUCUAAAGAUUUUUAUUUUUAUAAAGUGUUGGUUUCUUUCUGUCAAGAAGAUUAUAUAUGUUUCGUUAUUUGAAGAAAGAACUUACAAUUUGUGAUUGUGUUACGAAAAGUGAAAGAAAUUUGUACAUAAUCAUUGUAUGCCACGCUUUCAAAGAGCGACAGAUGUUCAGGAAUUUUUUUUUAUUUCCUAAUUGUACCAUAAACCGAUACAUUAUUCGAGAAUGAUUAUUCUAAAGAAUGUUUACAUAAUAUAUUAUUAUACUAUUAAAGAUAAUAGUUACAUUGAUAAUUGCCUUUUUAAAACAUUAACACAAGAAACAAAAAUACUGUAUUAUAGCAUUGAUUGUAAAUAUUUUAAAGAGAGAGAUAUAUAUUAUAUUAAAUGUUAAGUAUACAUUUUUUAAAAGAAAGUAAUAUAUAGGUAGAACAAUCUAUAAAAUAUGAAAAUAGUAGCAAUAUUAUAAUAUUAUACUGCGGAUAAUGUUUGCCUUGGACUGACUACUGAAUAUAAUGUAUUAAAGUAAAAAAAGCAGUAGCAACAAUAAAAUAUGUAUUUCUACU